AUGACCGAAGUAAAUCUCACUCCUGUCGCAUCUGACCCUCGUGGAAAAACUUCACUUCGCGACCUCGCUCAUACAAUCGCUAAGAAGAAUACUGGAUUGGAUCUUACUUUCCUAAGGGAUUGGGUAGAGACUUCUAGAAGUCCUGAAUACUUGCCCCCUAUUCCAACAACUUUCUCCAAUCCGCUCGAGCAGGGUGAAGACAGAGAGUUUCUGACCGUCUUCGCUCCGGGAGUAUCCCAAGAUCUAUGGAAUGACGCUGAUCAAGUUCUUCAAAAACAUCCAAUUGAUCCCACGACACAUACAAAUCUAUGGAACGAAGAUUUGUAUGAAAUGUUAGAAAUCCAUAAUGAAGCAAGUAAGAUGAUGAGAUUACUUAACUCGGGAGUGUUAAGAGAGUAUUUUAAACGGAAUUCCUCGAACGCUCACCCCUUUGAAGGUCUAGGAUCAUUGACAGUGGAAAAGGUGCCAGGGCCUUUUCGGGGUUAUCGAGUCAUAUAUGAUCGUGACGGUUUCUGUCACUCAUUGACGCAUUGCUCAUUCACUAAGACGUCCAGUUUCCAUACGUCCAGGCUUUCCGACUCGACCAAGGACGAGUGGGUGUAUCAACAAACUCAGAAAUCCGGUCAAAUUGUAUCUUUGGAAUAUAGGGGAAAACAUCGAUCGGUACUUUAUUCUUUUGACCCCUUGAGAAGCAGUUUAUCUUUGUCUGUCUCUGACACUGCGCAUGGGCCAAGACGUCAUUAUGAUGCCAAGGUUGACGGCAAGGAAAAAGGGGCGACGUCGACCCCAGACGGUAGUGUCGUAGCUUUGGGAGGAGCCUAA